AUGGCCAAGUAUGUUAUCGCCGGUAAAGCCGAUUGCCCGUUCUUUGCAAAGGCAGAAAUGCUUGCAGAUGAACUGCAAAAAGUUCUUAUCAAUUUCAAAGUGCACAAGAUAGCGGUCAGCCCUGAAAAUUGGCCGGGAUGGUUGAAGCAAACUUGCGAAGAGCACCAAUGGAAGCACACUACAUCUCCACUAAUUUGGCGUGAAAUAGUCGAUAGAGGAGGCAAAGGAUUGUACCUCGGCGGCUGUGACGACUUUAUGGAAAUGGCCGAAGCUUAUUACGGAAUACGGUCGACGAAAAUGAGCGAAGAGUUAGGAGCAAUUUCCAAAGAAAAUAUUGCCACGAAACGAGUUCUAGACGAGGAAGAAAUCGAGGCCCUGAAAGCCAUUAAUCCUUUGAGAAUCACCAUCACUGCAGCUGCUUCGCCAGUCAAUUAUAUCGUGUUAAAUUCCUUGCUUAGCGGAGAAAUCUUCGGGUUCGAGCAAGACUUGAGUUUGACAUUACUAGACACCCCUGAGCAUCAGGAAGCUUUGUCAGGCGUGGUAAUGGAAGUGAUUGAUUGUGCUUGGAAUUUACUCAGAGAUAUUUCUCAAACGUCAGACACCACACAAGCAUUCAAAAACGCUGAUCUUGUUUUAGUACCAGACGCAGACUGUAGCACUGAAGAUGUGGAUAUUUUGGUGCAGAAUGCCAUAGUGUACAAGCAGUAUGGGGAAUUGAUUGAAGCAGAUGCAAAAAAGAAUGCUAGAAUCCUUGUUUGUGGAAAGACUGCAAACUUAUUAGCCAGUGUGAUCUCUGCAUUUGCCCCAUCAAUUCCGAAGAAUAAUAUUUACGCCUUAUCAAGGUUACAAGAAAAUCGUGCCAAGGCAGUCUUGGCCAGGAAAUUGAAGGUCAACUCUUGUGGAAUCACUGACCUAAUUGUCUGGGGUUGCCCUGGCAAUGAUGGCUUGUUUGACAUCAGCAUGUCACAAGUGAAGGGUUAUGAUGGUGCAAUAUGGGCACCACAUAUUGAAACCUUUUCACGGUCUGUUGUCGAAAUGAUUUAUGACCACAAGUGGGUUGCGACCGAAUUUCUUGAGGAGGUAAAUAAGCAUGAGGAAUCCCUUAAAGAGGAACACAAGUUUUCUCCAAGUUUGUCAGCAGGUGUGGCUAUCCUAGAUUUCCUUAAAGAAUGGUGGCAAGGAUUAGCCAACCAGAUGACUUCAUUAGGGGUCAUAUCCAAGGGAUGGUAUGGUGUUCCAGAAGGUCUUGUGUUUUCAUUCCCAGUAAAGUUUCAGGAUGAUGAGUGGCACGUUAUGGAUGAUUUAGACAUUAGUGACGAUGUAUCGUACCGAAUAAAACAAAUUGGAGAGAGUUUGAAAAACAAGACUGAUAUGGUGAUGCAAAUUCUGACAAAGUCAUAA